AUGGAGGAAUUUGAUGUCAUAAUCAUUGGAGCUGGAAUUUCUGGAAUCAAUGCAGCUUACAGGGUUCAAACUGAGUUGCCCUCUUCUCGCUAUGUGGUACUGGACGCACGAGAAGAGAUUGGAGGAACAUGGAGUUUCUUCCGCUACCCCGGUCUAAGAUCUGACUCUGAUCUUUAUACUUUCGGCUUUCCUUGGAAACCUUGGAAAGUGGGCAAGCUGAUUGCAACCGCUCCAUUGAUCAUGGAUUAUAUCCAAGAGGCCGUUUCUGAAACGGGAAUCGAUCAGCACAUUCGAUUUAAGCAUCAAAUUACAGCUGCAGAUUGGUCGACCAAAGACCAAAAAUGGAGACUGUCUGCAACCAACUCCAAAGGGGAUACAGUCUACCUACAAUCCAAGUUCAUCAUCAUGGGCACUGGAUAUUACGACUACGAUAAAGUACUGCCAGCACCGAUCCCAGAAAUCGAGAACUUUGCUGGCUCUGUCAUUCACCCUCAAUUUUGGCCCAAAGAUUUCGAUUACUCGCAGAAAAAUAUCAUUAUUAUCGGGAGUGGGGCAACUGCAAUUACCCUCCUACCAACCCUGGCAAAGAAAGCUGCUCAUGUUACAAUGCUGCAGCGCAGCCCAAGUUACAUCUUGAAAAUCGAAAAUACACCAUCAAAGCUCGGCUUCCUACCCCAGUCUCUCGCGAUCCAGCUCACUCGACUCUUCUUGAUCUGUGUCCCCGCCAUUUUCUACUAUUUCUGUCGAUUCUUUCCGAAUCGCUCAAGAAAUAUGCUGCAAAAUGGUGUUAGGAAGCAGCUGCCAGAAACCGUUCCCAUCGACCCACACUUCACCCCAAGGUAUAAACCGUGGGACCAACGUAUAUGCUUCACACCUGAUGGCGACUUCUUCGAGCCCAUUCGAGAUGGUAAGGCCGAUGUGGCCACCGGAACCAUCCGUCAAGUGGUUGAGGAUGGUAUCAUUCUCGAGUCUGGUGAAAAGCUGAAGGCCGAUGUUAUUGUGACUGCAACGGGUCUCAAGAUGAAAGCUAUGGGUGGUGUACGGAUUAGUGUGGACAAUGAGAAAAUCGAAGUCGGCGACAAAUACGCCUGGAAUAACGCAAUGAUCCAAGACGUUCCCAAUAUGGUUUUUGUCGUGGGAUAUGUCAAUGCGUCCUGGACCCUGGGGGCUGAUACCACCGCCCGGAUGUUUUGCCGUCUGGUCAAAUACAUGCAGGCUCAAGGUCACAGAAGCGCUGUUGCAGGAGGUGUUGAUGCCAAGACGAUAGGUUAUCGUCCACUUCUGGCAUUGACCUCGACAUAUGUUGUACAGGGAGGGAGUGAGCUGCCUAAAUGUGGAAACUCGGGUCCUUGGCUCCCGCGUGUGCACUAUCUUGUGGAUCUUUACAAAGCUGUGAUGGGUGAUAUCACCAAUGGCCUGAUCUUUGCCUGA